AUGUGCCAGCGCCGGGUCGUGCGCUCGUUUCUCGCCGUUUUUCGUCUCGUUCGGAGACCAUUUCUUUAUGUGGGACGAAUUUUCGACGAAAAAGAGGAAACGGAGGAGAUCUUUGAGCCGAGAAAAGCAGCUUCGAUGGGUUUGAUUUGUAGAGGACGACGCCCAUCCACCGCUCAAAUGUUCGGCUGGGCAUUGUUGUUGAUUGAAUUGUUGCUGGAGACGAUCUCAACCCUGCCCUUGUUCACCCCAUAUCUCACGAUCGUUUUCAUCGUCGGCCUUUCCCUCAUCCUUAUCCAAGUCUUCUUCUUGACAAUUUUUGAUCCAAUUCCAGAGGCGCUUGAAGAGAAAAGGAAAUUGGGCAUAAAACCGCUUCCAUUCGAUCCGCUUCGUCAUCGACAUGUCAUCGAGAAUCAGUAUUGCAAUGUGUGCGAAAUACCGGUGAAAAACUUCACAAAACACUGCCGUCGAUGCAAUAUGUGCGUCGAGGAAUUCGAUCAUCAUUGUGUUUGGCUGAACAAUUGUGUUGGAAGACAUAAUUAUAAAAGAUUCUUGAUAUUGGUGACGUCAUUGGCGUUCUUUUCGAUCUCCGGUUGCCUUGUCGCAUUUGUGCUUGUGAUUAGCUUUUUCUCGCACGCGUCACUCAUCGAAAUGGGCCCAAACAACGAGACGCUUCGACUGGAGCGCUGGUUUUUCACGGAUCUCGAUCAACGUCUCUGGCUGACCAGCACCGUUGUAUGCCUUUUCGUGAAUAUUGUCUGCGCAAUUCUCACCAUUCAUCUCCUCGUCUUUCACUUCAAAAUCAUUCGUCAAGGCAUUUCUACCUAUAUCUUCAUCAGUUUACGAAGAAAACCAACUCGAGAAGCCGGCACAGCAACGGGAAGCGAGGAACCACAGCCUGAGCAACCGGCCGCUCAACCGCACCUCGGCACAAACACCACCCCAGUCAAGGUGAUCAAGCCCACCUCCGGUUCUCCACUCCGCGUUCGAGCCGUCGCCGACUCGAGUCCCCAGGGCGCUCUCUCAUGGGCUCAACAAGACAUGUACAGUUUUUUGAAAGAUAUUUGUCAAAUCUUGGGUCACAAAUCUCUAACCAAGCUGAAUCCCGCUUUUCUGGAC